AUGAUCAACCGGGAUGAUCUGGUCUUGGAUGUUGCUCAUUUAUCCACGAUUCAUCCACCCCCUUUGAAGAAAGAUAUGCCUUAUGUGUCAAAAAAUGUCAAGACUUUUGGUAACUCUUCUGAACCUAUAAUCCCUAGUAAAGAUAAAAUUGUUGUUGAAAAAGAGUCUAUGUCUAAGGUGAGAAACCCUACUAUGUAUGUUGGUGGCACUGAGAAUCCAACGGAAGUGGAAAUGAGUGCCAUUUAUAAGGAACUUAGGAAGUUUGUUACAUUUGUUUUGAAGGAAGUGAACUCAGAUGUUUUUCCAGAUGUUCAAACAACUUUGGCAAAAGAAACUAGCACUGAUAAUGAUUCUAGUGAAAAACCUGAGGAAAAUGUUCCUGAACAUGAUGCUCUUGAAAGAAGGAGUAAGAAGAAGGUUGAUGAGUGUGCCCCUGAGCAUGCUGCUCAUGAGAGAAGAAGUAAAAAGAAAGUUGAUCAUGUUUUCAAUGUUGAUGAACUAAAUUCUGAUGAGGAACCUCUUACCAAUAUUAUAACUCCUGGUAUAACCAAGAGACUGCAGAGACGAAAAGGAAAGGCAAUGGUGUUUGAAUAUUAUCCCUCCAAGGAAAUGAAAAGAAAAUAUGGUGGUUUGAAAAGCACUUCCUUUAGAAGCUCCAUAGGAAAAUCUUCUAUUGGUCCUACUAGAUCAUGGAGUAAAGUUGUUACCCCUACUAGAAAGAGGAAAGUUGUCUCUUCUAGUGACUCUGAGUUUGAUGUCGAAAAGGAUGUCCAGGACAUCACGCCUAUAAAAAUAUAUGCUACCAAGAAGCCUCAUGUUGUUGUGCCUAAGGCUCCACGGGACAAUGUUUCUUUACAUUAUGUGAAGAAUGUUGAAAGGUGGAAGUAUGUUAUUCAAAGGAGGGUAGCUCUGGAGAGGGAAUUGGGUAAGGAUUCCCUAAAUUGUAAGGAGGUUGUAGAACUUAUAGAAGUUGUUGGGUUGAUGAAGACUGUCACAAAAUUUGGCCCUUGCUGUGAAAGCUUAGUCAAAGAGUUUGUGGUGACUAUUCCUGAUGGGUGUGGUUAUGUGAAAAGUGUUGACUCUGGGAAGGUGUAUGUUAGAGGAAAUGUCAUGACAUUUUCUCCAGCUGUGAUCAACAAAAUUCUGGGAAGAACAGAAGAACCUCAGGCUGAGCUUAAGAUUGGGACUGCCAACUGGGUGCCCACUAAUCACACCUCAAACAUCUCUAUUGGUCUUGGGAAUUUUCUUUAUGCUAUUGGGACAAGAAGAGCAUUUUACUUUGGGAAAUACAUCUUUGAGCAAGUUUUGAAACUAGCUUUCUAUACUACUGUGAAAAUGCCUAUCUGCUUUCCAUCUCUCAUCUGUGGAAUAAUCUUGAACCAACAUCCUGGUAUUUUAUUGCCUAUUGAUAGUGUGGAGAAAACGGAUUCUCCUUUAUCAAUCCAGUACAAACUUUUUGCUGGAACACAUGUCCCAGAUAUUAUCAUGACAUCUUCUCAGGUACCUGGCCCUGCCACCUCCAAGAAGAGUGUUAUUGCAUAG